ACCCUAUACACAGUCAAUUUUCAAGCAUCUUCGGAAAUGUCUGCUCCAAGUGUUUGGUUAAUCACCGGUGCCUCUCGCGGGCUAGGCUUUGAGAUUGCCAAAGCAGCUUUAAAAGCUGGCCAUGUUGUUGUUGCAGGCCGCCGUGGAUCUCAACCAACAGCACAGGUCACGAAACUUGAAAGUCUCGGAGGCGAGUGGAUCGACUUGGAUAUGAAGUCAAGCGACAUUGAGCCAAUCAUCGCCGAGGUUGAAAAACAGUUUGGCCACAUUGAUGUUCUCGUCAACAAUGCCGGAUACGGCGUUGGCGGAACUGUUGAGGAUCUCAGCAUUCAAACGAUUCGAGAGGUUAUGGAAGUGAAUGUGAUGGGCCCUAUUCGAGCCUGCCGUGCCGUUAUACCGGUCAUGCGCCAGCAGGGCGGCGGCACCAUCGUCAACAUUAGCAGCGUGAGCGGUAUCAUUAGCUAUCCAGGAAUCAGCGCUUAUUCCUGCACCAAGCACGCACUUGAAGGCUUCACCGAAAGCCUUUCCAAGGAAAUUGAACCCUUCAAGAUCAGAACUAUUCUUGUUGAGCCCGGUUCGAUGCCUACUGGUUUUCUGGACACCACUCUUUCCGCAGUGACCGCGCCUCGAAGCGAACCCUACCGCGGUACCAUUGCCGAUAUGGUUCUGUCAGCUGCGGCGGGCGGUGAGCUGGUCAAGGCCCAUGGAGGCAGCCCCGUGCUUGCCGCGGCUCGGAUCCUCGAGGCUGUUGACCGGACUGGGGUCUUUGCUGACCGAGACCUCGGUUUGAGACUCCCGCUUGGGAAGGAAACCCAAGAAAUCAUCGAUUGGGGAAAGGAUUUGGCCAAGUGUGCAGAGGAGCUUCAGGACAUUGCUUUGAGCAUCGCCGUCUAA